UGAUCGGAUGUAAUUACCUAUAACAACAUCUCUAUACCAAAUAGGUAGGUAAUAGGUAGGUACGUGUUGGUGUUCUUUAUUUAGGUAGUUGUUCACCAAUAGGUUGGUCUGGACUUGGCUAGCGACUGAACAUUCGAUGUCGACUAGUUUCUGAUUUAUGCAGUUGGUGUAUUGUCCCAUCCCGAUUCCCGAAUCUGAAUCCUAUUUGUAAAAUCCACGGCGCUAUUUAAACCAUCCACUCCUCCUCAUUUUCGGAUGCAUUCGAAGUUAUCAGGAUAUUUAUCUAAGGUCUUCGAUCACUCUCAUAACAUGGCCAAUCACGACGAGCCCACGCCCGCGCCUGUCACUGCCUCUCCCACUGCUUCUCCCGCCGCUGCUGAUGCUCCCAUGUCUCUGAAGCCAGCGGCGACGACUUCAGAUGAACAAACUACAGUUAGAAAAACUACAUCGGCUGGGUCCGCUAGCCCUACGGAACGCCCAACGCCUUAUAUAGUACCAGGAUGGACAGAUGAGCCAAUUGAGGCUGCUCCACAUGAGGAGGGUGUUGAUGAUUAUGAUGAUGCGGAUUCUGCUCUAGGAGAAGGUGAUAAUGCGAGUUCGACAGCAUCCCUGACUGAAAGUAUUCUCGAAUAUCGCACACUCAACGGUCGUACGUAUAAUAGCGGCAAGCAUGGAGCUGAUAAGUACUGGGGGCCCAACGAUGAGCGGCAAAAUGAAGCUAUGGACAUGAACCAUCAUUUCAUGACCCUUUGUCUCGGCGGCAAUCUUUUCCUGGCACCUCUAAAGAAUGAUAUAGAACUAGUACUUGAUAUCGGUACUGGAACAGGGUUAUGGCCAAUUGAUAUGGGAGACGAAUACCCGAACUGUCAGAUUAUUGGAACGGAUUUAUCACCGAUCCAACCAACCUGGUGCCCACCUAACGUCAAAUUCGAAAUCGACGACCUGGAGAAAGAAUGGACAUAUGCCCCUAACAGCUUCGACUAUAUACAUAUCCGGUACAUGGUAGGCAGCGUGUCGGAUUGGCCGAAGUUAUUCAGGCAAGCAUUCAAAGCGCUCAAACCCGGCGGAUGGAUCGAGAGCUUCGAAGUCGAGGCCGACUACCGUAGCGACGAUGGCACCUUAAAACCCGACUCGGCUAUGAUUAUGUGGCGUGACUUGUUUACCGAAGGCGGCAAGAAGCUAGGCCUCUCGUUUACUCUUCUCUCGGAUGAUGUUCAGAGGAAAGGGAUUGAAGACGCUGGUUUCGUAGACUUGACGGUCAAGGAUAUUAAGGUACCUAUGGGUCCUUGGCCGGCAGAUCCGAAGUUGAAGGAGAUUGGACAAUGGGCUCAAUAUACUCUUGAGCAGGACCUAGAGGGUUUCGUCAUGUUUAUGUGGAACACGGUCCUAGGCCGCUCCUUAGAGGAAAUGCAAGUAUUCCUCGCGGCUUUCCGUAAGGAAUUACGGUCCAGCAGGACGAUUCACGCAUAUCUGCCACAGCGAGUUGUGUAUGCGCGAAAGCCAGAGGCUGCGUAGAUAAACUCUCGGGAACAAUGAUUGAUGAAGCAACUUUAUGACAAUAUCUUGUAUAUUUAUCUGAUAAUAGCGUUGGAAAUUCUUACAAAAAAGCGGAUGAUGCUCAAAAUUUUCAACUGGUAAUAGCUUUAACGAUACUUUGGUAUGUACAAGACUUAGUUAACUUACAUAGAAACUAUCUGUAGUCAUAAAUAGCACGUGGUCUGUUG